AUGUUUCUCUUCAUGGAAGAAACGAUGUACUUCCGCGGAGCCUCACUCGAAAGCCAAACAGUUACCGAUACCGAACGCCAGGACUUAGGGACGUCCAAAGCCGACGGUAAAACAUAUGAAGGAUCACCAAGAAACUCCCUGCCAUCUUCCCCAUCGGUCAUCUACGAGGACAUCAACUCUGGUUGGGGGAAGUACACUUGGUUCAAGGUUAUGACAGGUCGACCCAGUAACACGGACAUGCUACGAAUGGUCUACCGGCCUGUCCUUAUGAUCUUCAAGUUCCCAACAGUUGCUUGGGCUGGAUUUCUCUAUGGGAUCAAUCUUGCUUGGUACAACGUCCUGAAUGGAACUGCGAGCCCCGUCCUGUCAAGCAAUCCCUACAAUUGGAAUGCAGCACUAGUUGGUUGCGUAUAUGCAGGGCCGAUCAUUGGAGCUGCCGUUGCUUGUCUCUGGGUUGGAAAGGCAGCAGACUGGAUCGCCUUGUGGCUAGCGCGACGCAACGGGGGUAUCAGGGAGCCCGAGCAACGUCUCUGGGUGCUGCUUCUCUCAGGGAUCAUCUCAUCGGCUGGUCUUAUCACAUGGGGUGUUGGUGCAUACUACCACGUCCACUGGAUCGGCCUGGUGUUUGGUCUAGUUGGAUGUGUUGCUGGAGGUGCGAUUUCUGUCAGCUACAACGUCGAUUGCUUCAAGGAGAUCGCUGGUGAAACCACUGUCUCUAUCAUGUUGAUUCGCAACACCAUUGGCUUUGGCUUCAGCUAUGCUAUCACGCCAUGGUGGACAACCCAGGGAUUGAAGAAUUGCUUCAUCACAGCAGCUAUGAUUUCACUUGCGUGCACACUUACUUUUCUCGUCAUGAUCGUUUAUGGGAAGCGAAUUCGACGAUGGUCCAUACCAUCCUACCGGAAAUACAUGGCUAGCAUGGCCGUUUCGCACGAAUGA